AUCUUGGGUGGUUCGUAUAAGCAACCUCCACUUGCUCUCCAAACAUGCAUCCUUAGGAAGCGCUGCGGUGUGAGGCGUGAUGUGGACGCUGAGCUCUCACAGCUCCCCAGAUCAGUCUCAAGGAGAAGCUGAAAACUUCUAAGAAGCUCAAAGACUCCGACCAGACAUACAAGUUUGUGUCCUGAAAACAGAUUAUUCCAGGAAUGGUCCGGUUCCACUGCAUUACUAUGUUUGUACGUGUUUUCUCCUCCUGGGCUGCACUCUGCUCGUUUCUGAGACACAUUGAAUGUGUCACUGGUGCUGUGUGUUCACACCAUCCAGAAGAUUUGUUCCUCAAACAUGGAGUCACAAACUGAUGUUGCUUCAGUGACCAGCGGCGACCUGUCUGCCAUUGAGGAUGAAGAGGUUAUCAACAAGAUGUUGGAUAAUGCAACAGAUUUUGAAGAGAGGCGAAUUCUCCGAGCUGCAUUAAGGGAGCUGCUCAAGAAAAAGAGAAAUAAACGGGAGCAGGAUCGAGGGGCGAGGCAGCAGGACCUGAGACAGCAGGGCCUGAGCAAAGGAGGGAAAACAGGCGGGGCCGUGAACGUCGGCAGAGCAUCCAUGACCCAGCAGCCGCCCGCAAACAGGCCUUCAGGUCAGCCCUCUCCAUCAGCAGCCAGCGAGGCCAGUCCCGCUGCAGCCUCAGCUCAGAAAUGUCCUCCUGCUGCAGCACCCAACGUAAAAAAUGUCAAACAGAUGCUUCUGGACUGGUGCAGAGCCAAAACCGAGCCAUAUGAGGGGGUGGACAUCCGUAACUUCUCCUCAAGUUGGAAAGACGGUAUAGCCUUCUGCGCCUUGGUGCACCGCUUCUUCCCCGAUGCGUUUGAGUACUCAACCCUCAACCCCAACAAGCCCAAGGAAAACUUCCAGCUGGCUUUCGACACUGCAGAGAGGCUGGCUGGCUGCCCCCCUCUGCUGGAAGCUGAUGACUUGGUCCGGAUGAAGGAGCCUGACUGGAAGUGUGUGUUCACGUACAUCCAGGAGUUCUACCGCUGUCUGGUGGAGAAAGGCCUGGUCAAAACCAAAAAGCGACCCUAGAGUCUGACAGCCUUCAUGAUUGGCAGCGAUUUUUUAAUUGUUACAAUUAAUAAACAUUUAAGCAUGAGCUAAGGUCUAAGAGAUGACAUUAUGCACCCUUUUCAAGUGAAAAUGUACAUGUUGUCUUUAAUGUUAGAUAUUUAGUUUAAUGUACCACGGCUGAUGCAUUAUGUGAAUGCAGAGAACCAAAUGUGCAGUAUUUGUAUGGGUUUGUGUAUUAGCAGGGACGUUUGGGUGUCUGUGAUCUCAGUGGACAGCUGGCUCUUAGGAUCAGUACAUUCCACCGAGAUUACACAUCUUCAUUAAUCCUCAUCAGAGCGAGACUCUGGAAACAAAUGUUAUCAUGAUGAUGUGGAGGGCCUGAGCGUAUGAGUAUUGCAGACACAUUUAAUAAAUGUACAUCACUAUA